GGUAAGGGCCGGCCUGCUCUUUUUCCAACCCGAUCGUAUAUUAUGAAGGACGAAGGAAGCUGACAAUACACAAACCCCUCUUCCCUCUCUCGCUUUGGAGCCAUGAGUCUCUUCGGUCUGGGCAGAAACCAGAGGACAUUCCGCCCGAAAAAAAGCGCACCUUCAGGGAGUAAGGGUGCUCAGCUUAGAAAGCAUAUUGAUGCUACACUUGGUAGCGGCAACCUAAGAGAGGCAGUAAAACUUCCAACUGGAGAAGAUUUAAAUGAAUGGCUUGCUGUUAACACUGUGGAUUUCUUCAAUCAGGUCAACCUGUUAUACGGUACCCUCACAGAGUUCUGUACUCCAGAGAAUUGUCCUACAAUGACUGCAGGCCCCAAGUAUGAGUAUAGGUGGGCAGAUGGUGUACAGAUUAAGAAACCGAUUGAGGUUUCAGCUCCAAAAUAUGUUGAAUAUCUAAUGGACUGGAUUGAAUCUCAACUUGAUGAUGAAUCCAUAUUUCCCCAAAAGCUUGGUGCACCAUUUCCCCCCAAUUUCAGGGAGGUUGUGAAGACGAUAUUCAAAAGACUGUUCCGUGUAUAUGCCCACAUAUAUCACUCUCAUUUCCAGAAAAUUGUGAGCCUUAAGGAGGAGGCCCAUUUAAAUACUUGCUUCAAGCAUUUCAUACUAUUUACCUGUGAAUUCGUGCUAAUUGACAAGAAGGAGCUAGCUCCACUUCAAGAGCUUAUAGAAUCCAUCGUUGUUCCUUAUUGAACCCGGUUGGCAGAUCCCAUUAGGGAAGCAUAUUUGAAUGAAAUAAACUCUAGUGAUCUUUACAGUCUCCUACGUUGCGUGUUAUAAAGACUUUUUUGUGCAUAUGCUGUGUGCCUUAGACUUGAAAUGUUUAAUUCUCUCCUAAUUUAUUUCGAUCUAUGAUAUUGUGGAAAGCAAACGGGCAGCAGUUGCUCUUUUGUAUAAGCGGCUGAAGCGGAAAAGCUGAAGUCGAUCAGCUGAAGGUUUGCCUAGCUGGUUUUACAUUAUAGAAGCAUAAAAGUGAGUGUUGUAUUUGUAUUUCUUGGUUUUACGUCAAAACUAGCGGCUCGUUAAAUUUAGUUUCGAACAGAUUUGGCAAUAAAUUGUGAAUUGUGUGGAA